CUUGGACGGCAUUAAACCAACGACGUCGUUCGGUCACGUCUUCUUGUUUCGAUUUUCCAUAGUUGGAUCCGGAUCUCACCGCACUAGUCUGCGGAAGAGAGAGAGAGAGGAGGAGGUGUAAAUCUGAAGUCAAGUCCGGACAACAAAGCAGUGUGCGUGCAACGGUCGGCGUAUCUCAUUAUAUUCUUCUUCACGAGAAAAAGCACAAAACACACAGUACACACAGUCUCUCUCUGCGCACAUUCACACCGACACCCCUAAGCACAUGUAUUUCAGACACAAACUGACGGAUAAAGCUAAGAGGAGGAAAAGAGGGUCCAAUCUAAAUAACCAAAUGCCUUUACCUUUUCUUCCUUUUUGAAAAAAAAUGGACGACGUCCUCUGUUUCUUCUCGAAGGAUAACUUGAUUGUAAAGGGUCCAAAGAAAUCUCCAUUGGUAUUGAGAAUGCUUGUCUUAACGUUUGCAAUGGCCUGUGGUGUUUAUAUCUGUUCAAUCUGUCUAAAGCAAAUCAGUACUCACACCAAGGCCAGAUUCCCAAAUGUUCAAGUGGUCGAGAGGCCGUGUGAGCUACCCAAUCUAGAACAGUGGGAGAAACCUUAUGUGCACUACCCGCAACCGAAGACUUUCAGCAGGGCUGAGUGUGCUUGCAAUCCCGUGCGUUUUUUUGCCAUUUUGUCUACGCAGAGAUCCGGUAGUGGAUGGUUUGAGACAUUAUUAAAUAGUCACAUAAACAUUAGCUCCAAUGGAGAGAUCUUCUCUGUUAAAGUUCGGAGAGCUAAUAUUUCUACAAUUGUCGGAACUUUGGAUAAAAUGUAUAACCUGGACUGGUUAACCAGUGCUUCCAAGAAUGAGUGUACUGCUGCAGUUGGCUUGAAAUGGAUGCUUAAUCAGUCCAGUUUUCUUAAUGGUGCUUCUCCCAAUGCUGUCUCUUAUGCUAAAAGCAGACUUGAGGGUUUAAUGCAGCAUCAUGAUGAAAUAGUCGAAUAUUUUAACACCAAGGGUGUUUCAGUGAUUUUUCUCUUCAGAAGAAAUCUUUUACGCAGGAUGAUUUCAAUACUUGCAAAUUCUUAUGAUAGAGAUGCUAAGCUACUGAAUGGGACACAUAAAUCUCAUGUGCAUUCACCCCAGGAGGCUGAAAUACUUUCAAGAUACAAACCUAAAAUUAAUACAACAUUGCUGAUACCCAACCUAAGGCAAGUGGACGAGAUGACUGCCAAAGCUUUAGAACACUUCAAGAGCACACGACAUAUUAUCCUUUAUUACGAGGAGAUAAUAAAGGAUCAUACGAAACUAAUAGAAGUUCAAGAUUUUCUGAAAGUUCCGCGGAGGGAUCUAAAGAGUCGUCAGGUGAAGAUACACAAAGGGUCCUUGUCUGAACAGGUUGAGAACUGGGAUGACAUCCAAAGGGCGCUCCGGGGAACACCGUAUGAAAGUUUCCUCCAUGCAGAUUAUGAAAUAUAGACUAGUGCACCUACUGUAAAUAUCAUAUUCUGUUGUUUUGCUUAUUUUUUAUUAUUUGUUUUAAAUAGUAGAAGCCAACAGGAGAUCCAUCCUGUUGAAAUUUUGGCCAGAUGCUUGCCUGUUGUCAAAUUUUGUUUCCUCCUUCCCUUUUUUUUUAUUAUUAUUAUUUUAUGUAAUAUAAACAUUGGUGUAGGGGGAGCUAAUUCAAAGAGGGAAAAAAAAACAAGGAUGUGGCUUGUGCCUUUCUUUA